GCAAGAUACGGAAGGAUCAACUUGAUCAACUUGAAGCAAGCAUGCGUACAUCUGUAAUAGCUUCUUCUAUUUAGGAACCCAAUACCUUCUUCCCAUACAACGACGAUGUCCUCAUCAAAACGCGUCUUCCCGCCUCUUUAUACUUCAUCUGGGGACGAUUCUGGGGACAGACUUGCUUUCUUUCAUAUUCUUGAACGGCUGAAGACGCAAAAACGAACGGGAUGGAUUGAUUACGGAAUUGACAGGCCAGAAAGCAUCUCCGACCACAUGUAUAGAAUGGCAGUUCUCGCUAUGUGCACCUCGGAUGAAAAACUAGAUAUACCAAAAUGUGUGAUGAUGUGUGUCGUUCAUGACCUCGCGGAGGCACAGGUCGGCGAUAUCACUCCUCGGGAAGGGAUCAGCAGAGCAGAGAAACUGCGGCUUGAAGAGGAAGCAAUGCAUAAUUUCAUACAUGAAAUGCUACAUAAUAGUCCAGCUGCCCAAAGGAUAGAAGCCUUGUGGAAGGAAUAUGAAGAUGGGAAAACACCGGAAGCACGAUUCGUCAAAGACCUAGACCGCUUUGAGCUGGCCUCUCAAGCCUUUGAAUACGAACGAACGUACACUGCCAGAAAUCUACAAACAUUCUUCGAUACAAGCCUUCCCAAAGUACGACACCCCGAGGUCCGCGAGUGGAGUGGGGAUUUACUGAAGGAGCGAAAGGAACUAUGGAAAGCCAUCGAACCGCAGCAACCAGCUUUUAACAGCCUACUAUGAUGUCACAGAUGCUCGACCCCAAAUCACUAUUUAACUACCAAUACACUUGUAUUAACUACUGCAACUCCCCUCGUGUUUCAUUAAUGCCCAUUUUUAAUGGUGGAACAGCCGCAAUGAUGUAUGAGC